AUUGUUGGGUAUUUGACGCUGCCAAUGUUCCCGUCAGUUCUUGAGGAGGAUCAUUUACUACAACUCGAGGUUCCGUUUGGAAUGCCGUUUGGCUCUGGAGAUGUUGAUUCGGCUAAGACCAGUAAUGAUCCGCAUUACUACAAAAGAGGGAUGUUAACACUGGAGAUGCAAUUUCUGUCGAGCGAGCAACCCAAGGUGAAGGCUUCUACUACGACAGAAAGUUUUGAACUGGUGAUUCACCGAGUGCGGGGGAAUCUACAGGACUCGAGUCCCUCCCAACGCCCACCUGGGGUCGUACAGCAUGUCUUCGUUGAUAUUAGUCUCAUGUCGGAUCGAGGUGGCAGAGCUGAGGAGAUCGCGGUGGGAGCUACCGGCGUUAUAUCAAUAUCUGCGUCAGGAAUGACUGCAGUUGGGGAAGUAGUCGAUCUCAGCAACCCAAUCGUCGCAGCAACACUGCUGAAUGGACCGAACAAUGUGUUUGUCGGGAGAAUCCGUGACUUGGCUGGGAACUACUACGGACAAGUGCAUCUCCCGCUCAGAAAAGACUGGAGACAAAGAUUGGUUGAUCGGAGGAAG